CAUAAUUGCAUGCGACACCGGCGUUCCAUGGCACGCAGAUGACUGUGCGCCGGGGUGAAAGUGAAGUUGUCAUAACACACGGACCACAACUGCCGUUCAAGUUUCACGUACUCCCCUCUCGUAAGCGGGGAAGAUGACACGUAAUUUACUCCUCUGCUCACUAUUUGUCUUUCCAAAGAAGAGACUUUAUUGCCUUCUGUUAACUUCUCUGUUUGGAUUCCUUUUUGGAUUAUAUGUUUCUUCGGUACGGCCGGUGUUUCGUGAAGGGAAUUCGUUUAGGAUGAUGCCCACGGAAUUUCCUUCCACGAAGGACACUUUGAGGCACACGGAUCUUUACCGAAAUGGCAAUGGUCACGAACCGGCUGUCACUAAACGGGUUGGUGUCAAGAAGAAAAGACAAUCUGGACGUAGGAUGUCGAAUAAUACCAAGGUUUUGCGAGGUAUUGUCAAUAGACUUGUGUAUCCAAACGCUGCAAAUCGACAAAUUCGCCGAUCUCUUCUGAACCAUCUUGAGAAUUGCUUUAGGAACUCAUCUGUAAAGUUCAACGCUACGCAACUGACCAUCAGUGAACUAACUAGAUUAAGAAUUACUGAAUACUUAACGCAAAGAGGUUACAGACAAAGGUUGCCUGACGUCAUCAAUAUUGGGGUCAAGAAGUCAGGCACCACCUUACUGAGUUGGUUCAUGGCGCAUCACCCAGGAAUAGCACACGCCAAGGACGUCGAGACUCACUUCUUUGACAGAUACUUCCAACUUGGUUUACAAUACUACAAGAGUCGGAUGACGUUUGCAUCCGAUGAUCAGCUAUCCUUCGAGAAAACUCCGCGUUAUUUCGUCAAUCCGGAAACUCCGAGAUUGAUCCGGGAGUUGCUCCCACGUCACGUCAGGUUCAUCAUUAAUGUUCGAGAUCCUAUAGAGAGAGCUAUCUCGGACUUCCGUCAUAUCUCAGAGGUAAAUCUUUCCAAUGGUGGUAAGAUUAACGCUAGUCUCACGAAGAACCGAACAUCAAUCACCGAGGGGCUCCGAUUCACAUCUGAAGUCAUGAGUCCGUUAAACGGAUCAGUCUUCAAGAACCACACCGUUAUAGACACCAGCAUCUACGCUAAACACAUGGAACGCUGGCUUCAAUACUUCCCACUUGCUAAGUUUCACUUCGUGGACCACGCCCAACUCAUGAUUAAUCCAAGCUCGGAGAUGAAUAAAAUCGAAAGAUUCCUUAAUCUGACAACAUUCUAUAAUCCUGAGAUGUUUAAUGGAAAUGCUAAGAAUAUCAUGUUAUGUACGAAGGGUCAUUGUAUGGCACAUAUACGAUCUCAUGUCAUCCCUAAAGCAACGCCUGAUGAAAGGACAAUUAGCAAAUUAAAACUAUUUUUUGAACCGCACAAUCAGUAUUUUUCAACACUAAUUGGGAGGGAAUUUUCAUGGUCAUAACAGACACCGACUUGAUGAGUCUUUCUUGCUCAUAUUGGUAAACGCAAACCAAAAUCUACUUGUUAACAAUCUAAAGACACAAUCUUUUACUUGUCGGUAGGUCUACAGUUUUACAUAUUUCAUGGUUUACAAACCAUGAUAUCAUAAACCAUGAUGAUGUUUAUGAUGCUUAAACUUUCGUGGUAUGAUUUAUUGGCUUAUACAAGGUUUACAAUGUUGAUUGUAUGUUCAUGGUUUACAAGAAAUUAUUUUAAAACAGUAAACCAAACAACUCAUUUUAACAACACUUUCUAAGGUGUAUAUGUAAUUUUGUAUAAACCAUGGUAAGAACAUGUCAACAUUAAUUGAGAAACGGCGCCCAUAAUGCUGCCCAAACUCAUGACCCUGAUUAUUUAUGGCUUGUAGUAAUCCAAAAGGAACGCCAAGGUCGUGGGUAAGCUCACAUGAGCGACCAAGACCAGCUGUCAAUGAUUGUGUAAAACCUGAUAUGGGUCGAAACACUUAUAUCAUAAAAAUCAAAUCAUAAUCGGUGGGCACGGACUCGGCAUUUAGGAAUCGUUGUGUAAACGUUGUGCGUGUACUACAUCGUGCACAGUACUCGUGGGUAGGUUCACUACGAAUUCUUAGACUUCUGGACAAGUCGUUAAUUGUUGGCUUCGGUAAGGGAAGAGUCGUGGACGGGUUGCGUUAUGAUUAAUCAAGGUUUCCUUGAUCGAAUAAUGGUCUUGCGAUAUCACUGCUCUCAUCGCGAUACUGCCGCAUAGGCCUUCCAAGGAUGUAGCAAGUAUCGCGGAGAGCGUCGGACUUACACCAUCGAGUUGAACUGGGGGAAUACCCGAACAUCAAAUUAGUAUCAAUAUUCAACGUCCUGUUUUACGAAACAUUAUAGGCGCGUUUUCCACAUUGUUGCGUAAUCUAGUGUAAAUUAUGUCAUUGUCAGUUGUAAUUCUGUCAAUUUAUUGUUCUUCAAACAAACUAUUUAAUUGAGAAAGCAAUAAUUAGCCUAUUAUUUUGUGUACAACAUUUGGUUUGCGUGAACAAUAAUUAUGUAUAUUUACUUGCAUCUACCGCGGAGUAAAUUUGUUUCGGCAUUCGGGAGACUUCUCAAUCCUGAACAGAAUAAUUAUUAGACUCGGUAACAACUCUGGUCCAAUAAAUAAUCUUGAGAAGGCAAAUAAGUAAAAUAGAUGUCUCCAAGUUUCGAAGUCUGCGACCUCAAGGAAAAAAAACCUUAUAAAUAUACUAACACUGCUACAUUCAAUUUAGCCGAAAAGUAUUGUUUUUUUUCGUUGUUUGUUUGCUUUAUCACGAAUCAAACGUUUUCUGUUCGUUGUUCAAAAGGGUCGCUUUUUAAUUCGUCGUACAAACGUCCAAUCAGUUUUUGAAUGUUGCUUACAUUGGCUUUAAAAGAGGGCAUACGGCCUGAGAUAUUCAGUUCAGUUUGGACGUUUUUGUGUUUGAGGAAACGAAGUUGGGAACUCAUAGAAGUGGACUGUAAGGCGUACGGCAUUCUUCACUGGUGAAACUGUGGUUCUGGACUUUGUUGGUGAUUGGACUAUACUUGACGCAGUUAAACGGUUUAUUUGUUUCUUUCAUGAUGACACCAAGUGAGAGGAAAACACAUUGCUACCGUCACUUUCAUCAUGGUCUUCAUCUCAACUUCGGUCCUCUACCACCACCGCCUCAUUGUCUUCGCCAACCGCCUCCCUUUUACUCUGGAGGAUUCAUGACUCCACGUGGAUUGAUGAGGAAUGACAUCCAUCCGGGGUACCUCCAUCCACACCAAGGAAUGAUGGGUCGUGAAGGGUGGGGAGGUAUUGGCGAGUCAUCCGAUGAUGACGAACACUGGCCGGGGUCGUAGCUUCGCCUGUGGUGGUACCUCCGGCCGUGGUGUUGGCUUCGCCCGCGGUGGCUUUGUAUGUCACCGAUGUCACCGUCCAAUAUCAGCUCGAUGGGAUGGCGACAGCGACAGCGACUCUAACACUGACUACGAAGCGACUUUCGACGUGAUGAAGCAGUUCACGAAGAAGAAUAUCUACAUCCGACUGGUGGGCAGACAUUUGGCUGUGGAGACGGAGGGGAAGGCAAGACAGACCAGUCCUCAUCCUUAUCUAGAGCGAAGCUCUUUGUGGAACACCAUAUCCUAUCAAAGAGUGCCGAUAGGAGCAAAGUGUCUGCCUAUUUGAAUGAGGAUGCGGUGGUGCUGACUGUGUAACAGCACCAAACAAUACGGAACAGUCAGAUGACAACGCACCCUUUGAGCCAGAAGUCUGGAUUCAAGAUCAGACGUCAUUGCAUGGAGAGUCACGUGAACAGGUUGGUGACGUCGUGCAGGAUAAAGAAGACUAGACUCACUAAUCCAACUGUUUUCUCAUUGUGAUUUGAUAGAGGAGAAUUUGUCAAGAAAAGGAAAAGAAAAAAGUUGUAUCAAUUCGUCCAAAUAAUUGCGAAUGAAAUUAUAAAUGGUAGGGCCUAGAGGUCUCAGGAUGACCAAUUGUACUGGUCAUUUCGCAUGUUCUUUUAAACAUCGCAGUCGUUCAGUCACAGAUGUAACUUAUGACUCCCAUAAAGGCAUGGUAUACUUUUGUUUGGUAAUUGUCAAUGGCUAGUAUCCUCACUCGGUGUUUCCAACCAUUUUGCAGACAAUAAUAAACGUGCGAAAAUUUGGGCUCAAUUUGGUCAUCGAAGUUGCCCAAAAUAAAUGCAAGAAAAACACAAAUGAAAAGAUACCUCUUGCUCUAAAACUACGCUAGCUCAAAGGGAGUCGUUUCUAUAGUUUAUUACAUAUAUUAACACUGCACAGUGCUCUUUUGCUAAUUAGGUUUUCCGGUCACCAAAGGUAUACCCCUUUUUGUUUUUUAUUAAAAGCGGACAUGUUACUUUCACAUGUUUGUUUAAUAUUACUUUAUUCGCGUCAUAAUUGUGUUUGAAUAUAUUGUACAUUUAUUCCUUUUUAAUCUGUGUAUUUGCUUUCUUUUAGAAGUAAGUUUAUAAGUAGGGUAUUCGUAUGUUAGUCGUAUGAUUAUAGUGAACACGUUUCGUUUUCCUUAUACUUUCAGUUGAUACGCUUGUGGUUUUAAGCAGAUGUAAAGUUGCAAAAAGUCAAUAUGUGAAAUUGAAACCGAGAACCGGUUGCAAAUUUUAAAAACCUUCAUUUUAUUAUAAUUUUGUUGAUGUUUCAAUCGCACAAAAAUGUACAGCUCUCCAGUGAAAUCGAAAUGUUCGUUUAUGUGAUGUUCUAUUUGCACACUUUAAAGAUGGGCAUACAUUUACCGAGCUUAGAAUGGUACUUUUUCACAAAUCGAUCUUUCUUUCAAUGAGUUGCUUGCAAAGUAAUAAUGUUGACCAGUCUUUAGCUGAAAAGGGUUUUCCAAUUUG